CAUUUUGCAUUGAAGAUGUAUUUGUAUUUGACAAAGUGUAAAAGGUAUUAAUAUAUAACCUCAAUCAUUUACCGACUAUUUGAAAGUAUAAUAUUUUCAUAUAUAUUGGCUUCUCAUCAGAACAAAUAGAAUUUUGCUAAGAUGAAGUACCAUCUAACGUUUCUCGCAUCAUUGAUCUUAAUUGGAGUGUCCGCCUAUCCUCUUAAUGAUGAUUGGAGUAUGAAUGAAUUGGAUCACGAUAUAAUAGACUUUUAUAAUAUUAUGCCUGUAGGCCAAAUAUUAAAAAUAGCAGAAAAAUAUAGGGAUGAUCCUGAAAUAUUAGCUACGAUGAAAUAUGCCACGAGCGAUGAAUUCCAUCGGUUGCUUUAUGCCGUAGAAGAUUUGCAGGAAUUUAAGAAGUUCGUUCUAUACCUUCAAGAAGCCGGUUAUAACAAGAUAAGAGAAAUGAAGGCGAUCCAUUCACUUCUGAAAAUGAAAGAUUAUGUGCCACCUCAACAAUCGAAUCUAAUGGUUGAAGCUGGAUAUGGUGGUUUAAAUGGUUUCAUAAAUGAAAUUGUCGCAACACUUCCUAAAGAAAAAAUCCAGGAACUUCACCAACAGAAACUCGUAAAAUCGUCGGCCUUCGCGAAAUUCAAUUCUUAUGUUCAUUCGGAAAAAUAUGUUCAACUCGAGAAUGCUUUGAACAGCAAGAAUGAAUAUAAAGAAUUAAAAGAAAGAUCGAACGCAGCUGGCCUUGAUAUUCAAGCAAUUGAAAAUUUCAAGUACCAACUGCUUGGAAUUCAGAAAUAA